UGUCAUUUCCGGUGGAUCCCUCGUCUCAUGGCAGCUUGUAACCCGGGGUGAAUGACUUCAGCUUGCUUCAGCUGCUCGAGCUGCUUCAGCUAUCAAACUAUUUAUGAGAAACGUCAUCAGACGAUGUGCACGAGAGGGCAGUGUGAGCGCGUGACGUAAUGAACUAAAGUCGUAUCGUUAAUAAUCCCGGUAACGUUAACGGUAACAUUAACGGAGGAAACAUCCGUUGUGUCUGUUAGAAUGAGCUGUGUGCCGCCGAAGAGAUGCUACAAGGAGCUGCCCGGUGGGGUGGUGGAGGACCACCACGAUGUUGUGGGUCAUAUUUAUCGUGCCAUUGCAUCAAGACACCUCCCACUGAAGAACAUAAAGAUGGUUCUAGACUCCCACCCUGAUCUGCUCAUCCCUGUCAACAUGUCUGCUGACACAGUCUUCGAUAAGGAGAAACUCUUAAGUGAGUUGAGUAUAGAGAACUGGAUAAUGCCCAUGGUGUAUGCUGGCCAUGUGUCAUGUUGUGCGUGGCUGCAUCCAUACUGGGCCCAGCAGAUCACAGAAGGAGAGCACAGGAUGGCUGUAGGAAGAGAUUCGUCCACCACCACCAUCAGGGUGACCAGUAAAGACAACUACUUCCUCAGUGACGGUCUGUAUGUUUCGGAGAAGCAGCUGGAGAACUCUAAACCUCUCCAGCUGAAUGUGGUCAGAGUCGAUCCUGUUAAACCGAGUCACGGCUCACUCGCAGAGAAUAAAAGUGAAGAGGACACAGAGAGAUGGUUUGCCAAGAGACCCCGUACGGAGUGUAGUCAAGCUGGGGAAGCCAGCUGCUCGGAGCUCCUCUUAAGGUGUACUGACACACUGCAACCUGCAGAGGGCAGCAACAGGACGGGCUCGGAUGGUGAUGGUGAUGGUGAUGAUGAUGAAGGAUCCACCAGUUAUGUUGUAAAGAGCAUAUCUGCAUUUCUAAGUGAGACGGAGCCAUACAUCUUGGAUAUUGAUUUGGAUUUCUUCUCAUGUAAGAAUCCCUUCAAGGAGUUAUACACAGAGGAAGAGUACGACAUCCUUAAGGAGCUCUACAACUUCAGAGGACCCCGCCCUGAUGCUGAUGAGGAGGAGCUUGAUGAGUGUGUGGAUCGUCGUGUACACCAGUUAGAAGACCUGGAAGCAGCGUUCGCUGAUCUGCUAGAAGACGAUGGGGAAGAGACGGUUACACGCUGGGCCAGGAACCCUGGCAUGGCUCCAUUAGCCCAACUGGUUUCCAGUUUGAAGUCGAGAAAUCUGUGCCCCGACUAUGAAAUGGUCCAUCAGGCAGGGUUAACCUGUGACUCCGUUGAGCUGCCUCACCACAUCAGCACCGACGAAGAGAUCGACAGACUCAUCUCAGCUGUGCGGCUGUUUCUGAAGGCUCUGCCCAAACCUACACUGGUUACUAUGUCCAGGUCCAGUCUAGAUGAAUACUGCCCAGUGGAGCAGGUGGAUUCGGUCCAGAGCAGAGUACUGGCUGUACUGGAGAGCCUGUAUGGACCACUGGACUUACACAAAGACUACGAAAACAGCAGCACAGAGACUCAGGACUGCCAACCACAGGCCUCCUAACAAAACGCACACAUACGCGCGUCACUUUUGAAUUUAGUGGAUGUAAAAAAAAAUGACACCUCAGAUUCUGUUGCAAGUAGAUUUAUAUCUUAUGUCCAACUCUGAUGUAUGUAAUGUGUUAACAUUACAAGUGUUUUCUCAUAGUCAACAAAUCCCAUGUGCAGACUCAAACCAGCAAUGAAUGAAUGUUGAAACUAGGGCUGACCCGUUGCCAUGGUAAUCGACCUCCAAAUCAGUAUUCGAAUGCUUUGUUUUGUUUUUUGUUUUUUAUAUAUAUAUAUAAGUAUGUAAUACUAAUGUAGAAAUGGCCCAUGAAAGAAGGAAUAAUCCCACGACGUUAUUCAUAUUCAAUAUUAUUAUUAAUUCUCCGGCGGAUAUCGCACUGUACCGUGCACUGAAACGGGGGAGAUGGAGACGGACAGAAGAACAUGUCAGCCUGCUGUGCCACACCGCAAUGCUUAGAAUACCUUCGAAUAUUUCUCACCGAAGCUUCGAAGCCCAAAAAAUGGUAUUCGGGACAGCCCUAAUCGAAACCCAUUUGAAUGACAUGAGGAACCCCCCCCCCCAGCUGAAAUCUAUCCAUGUAAACCUGUUUUUUUUUCUUAAUCACUUAACAUGAUGAGUUAAUGGGAGAAGUGAUGGGUUUAUUGAAACACAACUAGUGUCUUUCCACAUGUUUCUCGACCUGCUUUAACCUUCUCUAAAGUGACAACAGAUGGGUGAAAUGCUUCCAUUCCUCAGCUGUCUUUAAUAUCUUAGACCACAGCUUGCCGGAGCAACGCGCACUAUACAGCUCCUCCACAGGAGACUGAGGAUUUACCCUUUCCCCCCCAAAAUACAAGAUCAUUUUGCUGUUGGCUCUAGAGAGAAAUCUCCACACAGAAAUAACUGUCCAUUGUAAAUAUUCAAUUUGAGGGUUGUUUGCAAAAAAAAAAACUUUAUAAAAAUAAAUCUUGGGUUUUCCUUAAAUUCUAGAUAUUGUUUUUCAUAUGGAAUACAGGAUAACAACUCAUUAAACCACGCUGAUACAAAGAGGGGUUACUAUCUUGAUAUUAUUGGGUUAUUAUGGGUUGUAAGUUUUGAGGUAUCCCCUAAAACAAACUGAAGAUUCUGUUCUGUAAGUAUAUUCUGUUUGGUUAUUGUAGUCGAGGUUUCUGCAACACUUCUCCUGAAGGAAAACAAAUGAGUACAAUUUAGGGGUGUCGUGAUUCACUGGUAUUGACAAUAACAAUGAUAUUUUGAAAUGAAAUAUUGAUAUCAUGUUAAUAAUACACAUGAUAAUAUUGUGUAAAUAGUCAUUUGAUAUAUACAGUUAUGGUUACAGAUUCUCCCUCCACUUGUAUUUUCAGUGUAAUUAAUUUGCCAAAAGAGUCGAAAUGCACAAUAAACAAAAUUAAUAAUGAA